AUGGUCUACUCUGGAAUGGGCCCAGACUACCGCGUGCUCGUCGACAAGGCCCGCAAGACCUCCCACACAAACUACAAGCGCAUCUACAACGAAUAUCCCCCCACCAGAAUACUUGUACAAGACGUUGCUCGAGUUGUACAGGAAGCUACCCAGUCCGGUGGUGUCCGGCCGUACGGCGUGAGCUUGCUCAUUGCUGGCUGGGAUGACGGUAUCGAGCCAGAGACCGCAGAAGCCAAGGAGGGAGAGACGGAUGCUGAGAAGAAGAAGGCGUCCGGCAAGACAGGAGGCAUUUUGAAGGGAGGGCCAAGCUUGUACCAGGUCGACCCCAGUGGAAGCUAUUUCCCCUGGAAGGCCACGGCCAUUGGGAAGAGCUCCACAAGUGCAAAGACCUUCCUCGAGAAGAGAUAUACUGAAGGCCUAGAGUUGGAGGACGCCGUACACAUCGCUCUCCUGACCCUGAAGGAGACGAUCGAAGGUGAAAUGAACGGUGAUACCAUUGAGAUUGCACACCAUCUGCUCGGAUAUGAAGGCGUUGAGGGAGCCCGAGGCCCUCGGUUCAGAAAGCUCAGCAAGGAGGAGAUCGAAGACUACCUGACCAACCUAUGA